GUUAUCGCCUUGAGGGGACGGAUCCUGGGGGCGGGCGGGCGGCCUUCCGUGCUUAGUCCUUCGGGAGGGCAAUUAAACUAGCGACAGUUAAACAACUGAGGAGAUAAACAAAAGCAACACAAAAAACAGCAGGGGCUGAAACUAAACGAUGAUUAAAACUGAAGAUGCCUGGGUUUUUUUGCCCAGUAGUGACUUUGAAGAAAAUCAAAUCUGAUCCAGAAAGGCACCUGUUGGGACUGUUAAAAACUGGAAGGACUAAAAUGCAUAAUCUUUAGAUACCUACAUGUGAAAACACACUACAUUCCUUUUCUCUGCUGCUUUUCUCUCAAACAAGAGUUAGGAUUUCCCCCUGAUGCUCAGGCUUACAGUGAGAACAGCCGUGUUUGCUGAUCUCUGCCUUCUUCAUAAAUGGAGAGAAAGGAGCAGCUGAGUAACCUCCCUAGCUCCUUCCUAAACAAUUUCAAUGCUGGGGUUGGAAACUUUACAAGAAGAACCCAAACUAUCCCCUUAAGCCUGCAGAAUACUAACUAUCUCCCUUGGUAUUUUUUAAUCUUCUGUACUGCUUCAUUCCCGGAGAGCUUUUCAUUAAGCCGUCUGAAAACACUGAGCUUCUCAGGAGGUUGGAAUGGCGGGGAGUUCCUCACGCUUGCAGCUGCACAGGAAAGCUCGCUAAGAGAACUCACUGAAAGCGACUGAGCAAAGCUGCCACGACCCUCACGCGCCCCGCGCAUCUCCCCGUUUCUUGGCGGGUGGCCCAAGCUGCAGCCGGGGGCUCGCAGCCUCCCAGCAGGAGGCAGGGCACCGGCCGCACCGAGCGCUACGCCUCCUCGUUUUGCAGCUUGGCCUCACGUCUGUCACCCACAAGUGUCGUGCGCGCACGUACGCUCGCAAAACGCUCCGGCUCCGAGCGGUCCUCGGGCUCCGCGCUUUCAAACGAGCCGCGCGGGGGGCGGGCUGACGGCAGGAAGCGGCGGGGCUGGGGAGCUCGCGUGUGCAGUAGCGAGUGGGGCUGAAAAUGCACGGAGGAUCCUUACUUGGAGACAAACUCUGAUGAGAAGGGCAAAGCGAGGGGAUUCGGUACUUCUGCUUGUUGAUCUGGCUGUUUACUAGGUGCUGAGUGUAGCCGGUAUGAAUGACUGGCAAAAGAAAAGCCCUCUAGACUGGGAGACCUAUGUGAACAAAAGGGUGAAAGUUGCAGCAGAUGAGAAAAAUGAAUACGAAGGAUGGGUCUUAACGGUUGAUCCAGUUUCUGCCAGUGUUGUCCUUGCAAACUUCCUGGAGAACGAACCGGUGUCCAUUUUAGUUGUGUUAGGCCAUGCUGUUCAGGAGGUCAACAUAAUGCAAGAUGCGGAUGAUGAGAUGAAGGCACGGCUUUCCCGCAUAUUUGAGCCUGAGGAAAGUAAAGCUUACAGCCCAGAGGAGCUCCACAAGAUGAAGAACGACUUGAAGAAGUGGCUGGAAACAAACCACAUCCCUGUAACAGAGCAAGGCGAAUCGGGAAGAACGCUAUGCGUGGCAGGGGUGCUAACCAUCGACCCGCCGUACAGCCCAGAGGAGUGCAGCAGCUCCAACGAGAUCAUCCUGUCUCGGGUUCAAGGCUUGGUACAGAGCUACCUAGAAAAGCAGCAGUGAUUCCUGCCUAAAGCAGCUGGGCCUGCACACCCCACCUCACAAACUGCUCUGGGUGCCUGUAUCUGCUCUAUCUAGAAGUGCUGGGUAUAGGUGCCUUUGUCUGAUUUUUGUACUUUUGAGACUACAAGUGGUGUAAACAAAAAGCACAAAGCAUGCACUGUUAUGUUUAGUUAAAACAAAUGGAUAACAUGUUAAACUGCUGUAUCAGUCAUUUUUUUAAACAGCACCGUGAAAGUUGAUAGAUGAGAAACAUAAAUGGUAUUCCUCCAACUAACAUUCACUUCAUUACUUUUCUAAUGGAGACAUCUUUACAUGUUUAGUUGAACAGCUUCCACAGAGUAUUUUUUCAGAAAGGACUCUGACUUAUCAAACCAAAAGACUGUUUUGAAAAAGCUUUUUACUACAGCAGUCUUUGUUUUAACCCACGACCUUCAACGUAGGGCAAGCAGUGUAAAAUUACCAGGAAGAGGCAACCGCAAGUAGUAGGUUUUACCAACGUUGCUCCCUAUCUGCAUUCAUUAUUUUGGAGCAGCAGCAUUUGGCAGGACCUCCCUCCUUAGGAUUCCUUACAGCUCAAGAACUUGGUGUUUCCACUUUAGCUUUGGCACUAUUUUAUGCCAAUGCAUGAUGCAGUAAUUUCUGCACGAUUACUAAAGAAAAUCAACACGAACAAACACCUUUAAGAAUCACAGAAUUGCCAGGAUUGGAAGGGACCUCAAGGAUGAUGAAUCUCCAACCCCCUGCCACAUGCAGG